GGUUUUAACCGUGUGUGCCAGGGGUGUCUGCUCUCAAAGCCUCAAAAUUCUCUUUUCUCUCCUUCUCUCUCUCUCUACAUAUACCAAAAUCUCUGAUUCAUUUCUCUUUCUCUCUCUCUCUUCCGUCUCUGUAUUCUCUUCUCUCUCUUUCUCUAAAUUCUGGAUUUUUCUUCGAUUGUUGGAAAAAUCCAAUUCAUCGCAAGGUCUCAGUAGAUAAAAAAUCGGUCAUGGGAAUAUAUCAAUCUGAAUCGAUCCGAGAAAGCCCACUUUUUCGAUCUAUAGAGCGUUGAAUCGAUUGAUGUAUAUUGGAUAUAUAUGAAAUCUGUAUAACUGAUCGGUUUUUGAUCUGUGUAUCGAACGGUGGAAUUCAUAGGCGGGAGGGUUAAUGGAAUAAUUGAUGAAUGAAUCGAUGUGAGUUUUGAAGAUGCCGGGAUUAGCGCAGAGAAAUGAUAAUCAAUUCAGUAAUGGUAUGUCGUCGUUGUACUCGUUAUCUUGUUCGAAUGGAUCGGUUUCUACCCAUGGAUUCUGGUCAAAGCAUCGCGGCGAUGUUAGCUACAAUCAGCUCCAGAAGUUCUGGAGUGACCUGUCAAUACAAGCACGGCAGGAGCUCCUGAGGAUUGACAAACAAACCCUCUUUGAGCAAGCUCGUAAGAAUAUGUACUGCUCUAGAUGCAAUGGGUUACUGCUAGAAGGUUUUUUGCAGAUUGUCAUGUAUGGAAAGUCUUUGCAGCAGGAGGGAUCAGGUGGGCACCUUCUUUUUAGCAGGCAAGGAGCCUUGAAAAAUCAAAAUGAUGGUGAUUUAGGUAUGACUACGGUGUGUCAAGAUGAAGUUCAAGAUCCAUCAGUUCACCCAUGGGGAGGUUUGAUCACAACUAGAGAUGGGAUACUGACCCUUUUGGACUGCUAUCUGUAUUCAAAGUCUCUAAAGGGACUCCAAGAUGUCUUUGAUAGUGCGCGUGCAAGGGAACGGGAGCGAGAAUUGCUUUAUCCUGAUGCUUGUGGUGGAGGAGGUCGAGGUUGGAUCAGUCAAGGAAUGGUGGGUUAUGGCAGGGGACAUGGAACAAGGGAAACAUGUGCUCUGCACACUGCCAGACUUUCUGUUGAUACAUUGGUGGAUUUUUGGUCAGCACUUGGAGAAGAAACUCGGCAAUCUCUUCUAAGGAUGAAGGAAGAGGAUUUUAUAGAAAGGCUCAUGUACAGGUUUGAUAGCAAGAGGUUUUGCCGAGAUUGCAGAAGAAAUGUUAUCCGGGAAUUCAAGGAACUAAAGGAGCUAAAGCGCAUGCGGAGGGAACCUUGCUGCACCAAUUGGUUUUGUGUAGCAGAUACAGCCUUCCAAUAUGAGGUGUCUCAUGACACAGUCCAAGCUGACUGGCAUCAAACCUUCAUGGAUAAUUUUGGAACAUACCAUCACUUUGAAUGGGCUUUUGGAACUGGAGAAGGAAAAUCUGACAUUCUGGAGUUUGAAAAUGUUGGCUUGAGUGGAACAGUUCGAGUGGAUGGUCUAGAUCUUGGUGGCUUGAAUUCGUGCUACAUUACCGUAAGAGCUUGGAAAUUGGAUGGCCGCUGUACUGAACUUUCUGUGAAAGCUCAUGCAUUGAAGGGUCAACAAUGUGUACAUUGCAGGCUUGUAGUUGGUGAUGGUUUUGUUACGAUUACCACAGGGGAAAGUAUCAGAAGGUUCUUUGAACAUGCUGAAGAGGCCGAGGAAGAAGAGGAUGAUGAUUCCAUGGACAAGGACGGAAAUGAGCUUGAUGGAGAAUGCUCCCGACCCCAAAAACAUGCGAAGAGUCCUGAACUUGCUCGAGAAUUUCUUCUAGAUGCUGCGACUGUUAUUUUCAAGGAACAGGUUGAAAAGGCUUUCAGAGAAGGAACUGCACGACAAAAUGCUCACAGCAUUUUUGUUUGUCUUGCACUAAAACUGCUGGAAGAACGUGUUCAUGUCGCAUGCAAAGAAAUUAUUACAUUAGAAAAGCAGAUGAAACUUCUUGAAGAAGAAGAAAAGGAAAAACGUGAAGAAGAAGAACGCAAGGAGCGAAGAAGAAUGAAAGAAAGAGAGAAGAAGCUCCGAAGGAAGGAGAGAUUGAGGGGCAAGGAGAAGGACAGGGAGAAGAAAUCUUCUGAAUCAAACCGAAGUCUUGAUGUUUCUGAUCUUCCAAGGGAGGAAGUGUCAGAGAGUCUUGAUGAGCAACCAAAUGUCUUCAACGAGGAAUUGAUCUGUGAAACAGGCGAUAUUCCAUCCAGACCUCAAUCCCCGGAUGCUCAAGAUGAGAAGCUACUGAAUGGGUCUUUCAUUUCAAACAUGGAAAACCACUUUGAUGAUGGUCCUGAUGGGGAACUUUCCAGUGUGAAAGAUGGGAAUAGUUCAUUUGCAACUGAUCACUCAAAAGUAUCUCAUCAAAAACUGAAAUUUAGGAAAGAAUUUCAACUGGAUCCAACAGUGAAAUGGUCUGACAGACGACAAUUUGCAGUUGUUUCAGAAAGCGGGGGUGUGGCUAGUAAACCUGACCUUAGACAUCAUGGUGAUAAACAGUUAAGAAGUAAUUCCAUUAAGUUGAACAUUAGAAAUGGUGGCCCCAAGUUUGGUGAGAGGUUUCAUUGUGCCAGCAGCCGGAUGAGCAAUAGAUAUGACUUCCAUUCUUGCAGCUGUAACCAGCACAAUGAUUAUAGAGCAAAGGUGGAGACACAUGCUUCUAUGACUAGGGUAGGUCGGGAGACCAAAUCUGCGAGUAAGUCAGAAUCUGUGUCAGAUAUAUCCAAGCCAUAUUAUCGUGGUAACAAGUAUAAUCAAAUGGACUAUAUCCGCGAAAAUUGUGGGAGACCCAAAAGCAAGAUUAUCACAGGGAACAAUCAUUUUACUAGAGAUUCCCAUAAUGCAAAGCAGGUUUGGGAGCCCAUGGAUUCUCAGAGGAACUAUCCCCGGAGCAACUCAGACACUGAUGUUACAUUCCAGUCAUCUACUUUCAAAGUCGAAGGUAGUGAAUCUGACAAUAUCAAGUCAUCUGGUGCCAUUUGUUCUGAUAAAGUUACUGAAAAAUUGGAUGAGAGCAAUCAUAAGGGGAAUAAUUUAAAGGAACCAACAAACUCUAGCUCUGGAAUGGACAGAAACUGCCAGAACGGAUUUGAUGUGGAAGCAAAGGCUCAUCACUAUUCAAAGGAAGCAUUGGAUGAGGACAUCGAACCGUGUCCUGUUACAACCUCUCCCUUAAGUGGAACCAGUGAUCCAUCUAUGAGCUGCACUUCCAAUUCUGACAACCGUUCAUCAUGCCUUAGUGAGGGAGACUGCAAUACGACCUCUUCAAACUCCCCAAAUCCGGAAUCCUUGUCCUCAUCAGAUUCAGAAGAUGCCAGCCAACAUUCUGAAGGAAGGACAACUUCAGUACGCAUUCAAAACAACUUUGUUGAAUGUCAUGAGACUGGAGUCGAGAAAAAACAGAUUGCAGAGGAAGGGGAAGCUUUUAGAAGCAGGGCAUCAUCUGGGUAUUCACCAGACAACGCAAAAAGUAACUUUUCCGUAAAUUUACCAACGAAAGCAACUCAUAAUUUUGAGAAUGGAAGAACGAAUGCCAGUGUCGGUUCUCAACAUGAAAGCAUGCCUCCACCAAUGAAUAGUCAGAGCAUACCAUUUCCAAUGUUUCAAGCUCCUUCAACAAUGGGUUACUACCAUCAGAGUCCAGUUUCCUGGCCAGCAGCUCCUGCUAAUGGAUUGAUGCCUUUCCCUCAUCCCAACCACUAUGUGUUUGCUAGCCCUUUUGGAUAUGGUUUAAACGGAAAUUCGCGCUUCAUGCAGUAUGGUGCUGUACAGCAUAUUUCUCCUCCCUUGCUUAACCCAGGUCAGGUGCCCAUUUACCAGCCUGUUGUCAAGACCAAUGGCAUGAACUCAAAAGAUCAAACCAAGAUUUCUAACCCAGGUAUGGUGCAAGAAUCAUUUAAUGAACCUAAAAUGCUGAGGGCUGUUUCAGCAGGGCAGCGUACAAUGGAAGAACCCUCCAAGUGGAGAUGGAAGGCCAAAUGGGAACUCCGACAAACCACACAACGGAAAUUCAGUCUUUUCCCUCUUCCAUUAUGGUGGUCCUGUGGCUCCUUCGAAUGGAUAUGAACUGAAUUCUGUGCCUCCUAAAGAUGACGUCAUUGGGGAUCUUUCUUCAGAUAUAUCAGCAGACCAUGUUGGGGAUGAUCAUGCUUGCAAUGAGAAAGAUACCAUCGAAGAAUACAACUUGUUUGCAGCAAGUAACGGUAUAAGA